GGAGCCUCGGUGUAGCGUGAGCACCUAGGCAGCUAAAUAGCAUGUGUCAUCUUCAUUAUCUAAAAUAAUAAGAAAAAACACUUCGCUCUGGUCAAGGGGCUUCUAAUUCUGAGCAGCCCCAAAGAUCUAGAAAUCUCCACGUGACAGGAGCAGCUAUAUGAGAAAGCAGCCCAAGCAUCAGGACCAGUAGUGAGCCUACCACUUCACCUCUGCUCGAAGCGCAAAUGCAGACAAUCUAGAGGAGAAUCUACUGGCUUCAUAUCCUUUGCUAUAAAAACCACAACGUAAAACGGGACGCCCGAAUGGUGUAGACAAGUUUGUUGGAGUGAAAAAGGACACGCUUUGAGCGGGGAAAUAGGUAUUAUCGGAAUAAAACUCGCGUGCGUCUCAAGGAGAAGGGAGAUCACUCGGACCUCUGUUCUCUUCAGAAUAACUUUUCAUACAAGAGGGAUGCUGCAUGCUCCAGACCCGCUGUGGCUUUCUGAAGUGGUUUUAGACUGUCACAUAUGCAGCACUCAAAAGGGACACUUGUGAAUGAAGGAACGGUGAUCUUCAUAAAAUGAUAUUAUUCCGUGGUGAGAUACUAUGUCGUCGCUGCUCGUUUAAUGUGUGACAAGUUGGAAUCAUUCAAGAAACUGGAGGAAACGAACCAGAUAAUUCAUCCCAAACACAAUUGGCACUUCUUAUUCGAGUCGGAACACCAGCCGUCCAGAUGCAGUUUCGACUUUUCUCAUUGGCUUUAAUCGUGUUGAACUGUAUGGAGUACAGCAACUGUCAAACCCAGUCAAAUCGCUGGAGGAGGAACAAAAGAGCUAGCUAUGGCGUGUACCCCAUCUGCAAGGGCUGCUCGGUGUGCUCCAAGGACAACGGCUGCGUGAACUGCCAGCCCAAGCUCUUCCUGUUCCUGCGGCGGGAGAGGAUGAGGCAGUACGGCGAGUGUCUCCACGCAUGUCCGGCGGGGUACUAUGGCAUUCGAGCUCCCGAGAUCAACACGUGCUCCCGGUGCAGGAUAGAUAACUGUGAGUCCUGCUUCAGUAAAGACUUCUGCACCAUGUGCAAGGCAGGGUUUUACCUGCACAAAGGGCGCUGCUCCGAGAAGUGCCCAGAGGGCUUUGCGCCCCUGGAGGACACCAUGGAGUGUGGAGAAGGCUGCGAGGUGGGCCAGUGGAGCGAGUGGGGGUCCUGCACCAGGAGAAACAAAACCUGCGGCUUCAAGUGGGGUCUGGAGACCCGGACGCGGCAAAUCGUGAAGAAGCCGCCCAAGGACACGAUACCCUGCCCCACCAUCGCCGAGUCAAAGAGAUGCAAAAUGGCCAUUAGGCACUGCAGGAGAGGAGAAUCAGGGAAGCACCGACCCAAAGAACCAAAGAAGAAGUCCAACAAGCAGAGGCUCCGGUUCCAGGCCCAGAACCAGCACAGUGACCACCUGGCAUCCAUGAGCUCCAGCCAGUAGAGGACUGGGACC